AUGAUCCGUCUCCAAUAUCAGCAUUCUCCAACAGCUGCCCAUGUAACUUCUCCCGUCUUUUUUUUCUUCGCGCAAUUUCCGGAACUCCAGGUUCGUCCUCAGUUCCGUCCGGCACUGCGGCGCCCCGGAGGAGGAGGUCUCAACACGGCAACUACCACGAGCCCGAGCCCAACGUCGGCACCGACCGUUCGCAACAAGAGCACACGAGGAUCUGAGAGCGGCGAAGCUUCCACAACCGAUUCGACCCUCCUCCAGACGACGACUUCGGCAGCCUCCACCUCGCUAUUGUCACGCCGUAGAAGGCCAACGACAUACCUGAGCAAGCUGAACCGUCAGAGGCCCGCCGUCCUCGGGGGAGGUGCUGUGGCGGAGGAAGGAGGAGCUGCCCACACGGGGGAUGUUGACCAACAACAGCAGCCAAAAACGACCCGACCCAAGCUGGCAACGGGAGUGCGUCGGAAAUUUGGACCCACCAGAACCGGUUCGGAGGGGGGAAGCGAGCGGCAGGCUACGACCACUACCACUACCAAGUCGCCGGAUCUGGAAACCACCACUCGGAGCAGUCUCUUCAAGCGCCGCCCCGGAUUCCCCGCUGUUAACCGCAUAACCACUCCAGCUACCCCAGUAACUACCUUCUCGUCUCCGUCGAGCAAGUUCUUCAAGAACCGCUCCAAGCCCUCCACCGCUACUGAAUCACCAGCUGCCCUAGACGAUCAGAGCCCAGCCCCGUUGGUCGGCGACGUCGAUCAAGAGAUCGAGCCCAGCAUCCGACAGAACAGCAAACUGGUGAACAACAAAAAUCGCUACAACCAGAUCGGAGAAGGUGAUCGCGAUGGUAGCUUGGAGGACGACCUGGUCGGUGCGAUCACCACCAUCUCUCGGGCACCACUUCCCUCGACCACCAGCCGUAACUUCCUGUUCCCGGACGAAAGCCCCCAGGACAAGUCCCAGAAGAUGCAGAUGAUGAAGGUCCUGAACAUUGGUGAACUGCCGUCCAGCCAUCAGCGAGCCUCCACGCACAAGUACAACAUCACGCACGAUUACACUCUGCAGAGCUUCCCGGAGCCACUCAGCACGACUCGGCGAUCACAGAAACUGAUCCAGCGACCCCGAAUCUCCACCCAGUCGCAGUUCUACUACCAACAGACCACUCCCAGCUUGUUCUACAGCAGUUCGCCGGUGACGCUGAGUCCACGCAAGGACACUCCCCGGAAGCGCAAACCCAGCUCGUACGAAAAGUCGUCCUACGCGUCGACAAACCACCGGAAGCAGAAGGACGACUUCGGGGGUCGCACCUAUCGGCCGGCGGUGGACUACGACUACUACGACGAAGGCGAACAGCGAAUCGUCGGCAAGACCAGCUCCCAGGUCAAGGUGAUCAUGCACGGACCGGGAAUCAUCGAGUGUCUCGACCAGGGCAACUUCCCUCAUCCGCUUUCCUGCAAGAAGUUCAUCUCCUGUGCGAAGAUGGAGAUCGGCGGAGUUGUCGGCUGGGAGUACACCUGCCCCAAGGGUCUGAGCUACGAUCCGGUCGGCGGGAUAUGCAACUGGUCCGCCGGAUUGGGCUGCAAGGACUAGUAGUGGUGGGGAGGAAUCGACUGAAAGCUUCUGGCCCUUUCAGGAAGAAAGAAGCAAAAUAUCUUUAUUGUACAGUUCUCGAACCCACGUCCGUCACUCUCUAUCUCCCUUUGAACGAAAAGGCACUUGUUACAUAAUCCAAACGACUCGAUAUUGCUAUCAUUUCAUCUUUGUCCCGAAGCCCGAGGGGGACUUGAAGCAUUAUAUUAGUUUUACCACUGCCAUGGAAUCAGACUUUGACGCCGACCACGAUUUGCGACCAUGACUCUAUUUUAUUUCAGCGCCUAUUGCUAGCUGGUUAGAUAUAGUGAUCCGAUUUUCUUGAUUAGUAUUUAAGAUUCUAUGUUUUCUUCCCUUCAAGAUUUUUUCCUAUCUAAAAUUAGUCGUUAAGUAACGACAUCCGGUCUAUCACGAGUCCGGAUGAACUCUAGUACAGUGUACGUUAGAUGAUUAGACUUAGUGAGGAUAGUUUGAGUUGGAGAUAAGCAGAGGUGUUCCGCUCCUUUUCCGUUCAAAAAUGUGGCAAAGAAAGUGUCUUGCUUUCUCACAAAGAUUUAUGAAUUUGAUUGUUCUUUCGCACAUAAUAGUUCCAAAAUAGAUCCAUCCUCAUAGUCAUCGAAUGACCCCCUUCCAAGUUUACAAACACGGGGUUGUUCUUAUCUGACAUUUCGGAACGAACACGGAAAACAGAAUACAACCAAAAUUUGAGUUUAAACCAAGGGGUGUGAUAAAUAGAAGUAAUAAACAAUAGAAGAAGGAUGUCGGCCAUAUAGAAGGCGUCGCUGUCGGAACAUCUUUUGCUGGGGGAGAUAGGUGGGACUAUAAAUGUCAACGCAAAAAUGUAUGCAGUUUCACACUUAUGUAUCCAACAUGUUUCUGAGCGAGAACAAAGGGAACACCAGCGACAUUAUUCUUCUAUGGUUUAUUAUUUAUAUUGUGUGAUAAGAUCACAAAAAUCGGAUUUUUUUUUGGACCGAAACAAUCGAAAAACAUUUAAAAUUGAGUAAACUUGUGUUUCUGGCCUAACUUAAGCGUUUGAGACAUGGCUUUUAGACCUGUAUUUCUGGCGCAAACUAAAUCCAGUCCAAAUGUGUUGAAGAACCAAAGCUCUUGGAUCUCUGCAAGAGUGCUAGACAUAUUAGUGAGGUUAGUUGCUAAUGUUUUCAGACUGACUAGAGAACAAAAUAAAUAAAAAUCCUUAAGGUUUCUUCACAUCUUUCACUAAGCAAAAUUUAUGAGCGAUAUCGCGAAUUUAUUUGAAUUGAAAGUUUACCCAAUUCAGGUAUUCGUCGGGAAAAAAGCAAGACACCUCUGCAGCUGAUAUCAAUACUAAAAACCAUUUCAUCCCCGUUAGAUUUUUAUGAUAGUGAGUAGAAUAUAUGUCGCUUGUCACAUGACCGGAAGAAACAAAAGGAAGAAACC